GGAUUUUCUUCUCGCUCUUUUACUCCUUCUCCGAUUGAUUGUCCUCUCUGCUUCACUUCAAUUUCGUAAUUAUGUUCGGUGAAUUUCCUCUGUUUAUUCUCUGUUUCUCUCUCUCUGUAAUGGUUGAAGGAGUAUGAAUUCAACUUAUCUGGACCUCUCUAGGGCUUGAUUUCACACGGCUUAGUUUCAAGCUCGUUUUUGAGUUCUUUUCCUCUUACCCACUAAGACUCUUCCCCGAGCUUGCUUUGGUUGACUUUAAUUGCUGAGAGGUUCACUUCGAGAUUUUUCUGUUUCUUUCCCGCCUUCAUUUCAUUCUUCAAUUUUACCGAUACUGCGUCCCGGAAUCUGCGCGGGUUUACGGUUAUUCGAGCUUGGAAGAUUUUGACUAAUCGAACACGUUUUUACUGCUGGUGUGUUUUCCACUGAUGUUCUUGAAUCAACGUAGUGGUACAUAUCAUCAAAAGUGCAGGACAAAUGCCAUCAAUAAAAAUGAAGGCCAAGUUAAGCUCGAGCUGCUUAAGAGAAAAACAUGGUCUUCGUGUUUGUCAGAAAUCUAGUGUCAUCUCUAAAAAAGCUUGUUUUCUCCCGAGGGUUUCCGAAGAGACAGAUGAAUUUAAUGGCUGUAUUACACAAUGUCUGGAGGUUUCUCUAAACACAGAAUCUAUUAAUAGCAAUAUAAAUCAGGAAGCCAUUGAUCACCAAGAAUUCAUUGAUGAAGAAACUUCUGAGUUGAAGAGGCACGGAGAAGCUUUUGAGUUGAAGAGGGAAGAACCUUUUUCAGUCAAUGCUGCAGAUAUGAAUGGAAUGGAUUGCACCUUAACCUACUCUUCCGAAAUAGAGACAAUUUUUUCUCCUAUUAUUGAACACGAUGCAGGGAGAAAACUUGAUCCUGAUAUACCAGGAACGGAAACUGAUGAAGGGAAAAAUAUCAGAAGCUCACAUGACAAUCAGACAUGUGAUGUAUCAGAUUUUUUUAUUUCUGACAUGAUAGUUGCAAACUUACCCUUAAGUGGUAAUGAUGACCUCUGCAACAUCAAUUAUUUUCAUGACUACAAAUAUACUCAGUCAACUAUAUUGUCUGAUGUUGCUGAUCAGUAUAUGAUGCUUCCUUUCCUUGAGGACACCGUGAAAGUCAGCAAUUCAGAUGAUGCUGACUGUUCUGAUGAAUUAACCAUUGGUUUUGGUAAUUCUGGUUUGCACCGAGUAAUUGAUCAAAGAAAUAAUUUCAGUCUUGAAUUCUAUGUUAGCACAGACUCAGAUCAGACAGAGUGUUUUGAUCCCCAGUUGUUCAUAAAAAAUUUACCAGAACUUUCAGAAGUGAUAUCAAACUUUCAGCCCAGUAUAUUGCCCAAUGAAGAUCAGAAAAGAAAGGCCGUGACCCUUGUACUUGAUUUGGAUGAAACCCUAGUUCACUCUACUUUGGAACCGCAGGAUGAUGCAGACUUCUGCUUUACUGUUUGCUUAAACAUGAAAGAGCACAUUGUAUAUGUUAAGCAGAGGCCAUAUCUUCAAAUAUUUCUGGAUCGUGUUGCAGAGAUGUUUGAAGUUGUUAUCUUUACAGCCAGUCAAAGUAUUUAUGCAGAACAAGUCCUCAACAAACUGGACCCGGAUAAUUGUAUUAUCUCACGUCGACUUUAUCGUGAAUCAUGCAUUUUUUUAGAAGGAUGUUACACCAAGGAUUUGACAGUUUUAGGCAUCGAUCUAGCAAAAGUUGUCAUUGUAGAUAAUUAUCCACAGGUUUUCCGAUUACAAGUGAACAACGGUAUUCCCAUUAAGAGUUGGAUUGACGAUCCUUUGGAUUCUGCUUUAAUUUCAUUGCUUCCAUUUUUGGAGACCCUGGCUGAUGCUGAUGAUGUCCGCCCUAUUAUUGUCCAGAGAUUUGGUCUUUUGAAGGGUCAGUUCUAAAUUUCUCCUACCAGGAAAAUUUUAGGUACGCUUAUAAUUCUUUUCCUUUCUCUAAGAUCUAAGAGCCUAUUUGAAAUGACUUUCUAAGUGCUUAAAAAUAUUUUUUUCUCAUAAAAACUCUUCUUAGAAUUCUAAAUAGGUAAUAAUUGUUAGGUUCUGAUUUCUAUUUCGCCAUGAUUGGUUGCCUCAUGCUCAAGCAACAUCCUUGUAUGAUGAGUAAUUAGCAGAACGGCUCUCUCUGUAAUAUUCUCUUCCUCUUGGGACUUACAAACUCUCCUACUUCUUGAAUGUGACAGAUUAUGUAAUUUUAUUGCUUUUAUACUUCCUGAUCUGUACAUAAUGCUUCCUCAUGUUUUCCGCUGCUGAAGAACAGUGUUGAUGAAAGAUGUAAUUUGCCACAAACCUUAUCUGAUCACGUUAGUGAGCCUGUCUACAUCUUUUAUCAAA